CCCAGAAGGAUCAGCGCUGUGUCGGUUGCAGAGCGAGUCGCCUACGAGAGAGGAGAGGAUCUUGGGAAAAGCUGCGGCUACAGCGUCCGUUUUGAGUCCAUCCUCCCUCGCCCUCAUGCCAGUGUGCUGUUCUGCACUGUCGGUGUUCUGCUGCGAAAGCUGGAAGCAGGAAUCCGAGGCAUCAGUCACGUCAUUGUUGAUGAGAUCCAUGAGAGAGACAUCAACACGGACUUUCUCAUGGUGGUCCUCAGAGACGUGAUCCAGGCGUACCCAGAGGUCCGUAUCGUCCUCAUGUCCGCCACCAUCGACACCACCAUGUUCAGAGAAUACUUCUUCAACGCCCCCAUCAUCGAGGUGUUCGGACGCACCUUCCCCGUUCAAGAGUACUUCCUGGAGGAUUGCAUCCAGAUGACCAACUUCAUCCCUCCUCCGAUGGACCGCAAGAAAAAAGAGAAAGACGAGGACGGAGGAGAGGAGGAUACAAACUGUAACAUGAUCUGUGGGCCGGAGUACACGGCGGAGACGAAGCGUUCGAUGGCUCAGAUUAACGAGAAGGAGACGUCUUUUGAGCUGGUGGAGGCUCUCCUCAAGUACAUCGAGACGCUAAAGGUGGCCGGAGCCGUGCUCAUCUUCCUGCCCGGCUGGAACCUCAUCUGCUCCAUGCAGAGACACCUGGAGACCAACCCGCACUUCGGAAGUAACCGGUACCGCAUCCUGCCGCUCCACUCUCAGAUCCCCCGCGAGGAACAGAGGAGGGUUUUUGAACCGGUUCCUGAAAGCAUCACGAAGGUGAUUCUGUCCACUAACAUCGCGGAGACGAGCAUCACCAUCAACGACGUCGUCUACGUCAUCGACUCCUGCAAGCAGAAAGUGAAGCUGUUCACCUCGCACAACAAUAUGACCAACUACGCCACCGUCUGGGCCUCCAAGACCAACCUGGAGCAGAGGAAAGGUCGAGCCGGCAGAGUGCGACCCGGGUUCUGUUUCCACCUCUGCAGCCACGCCCGCUUCGAGAGGCUGGAGACUCACAUGACCCCAGAGAUCUUCAGGACUCCGCUGCAUGAAGUCGCCCUGAGCAUCAAGCUGCUGAGACUCGGCGCCAUCGGACACUUCCUGUCCAAGGCCAUCGAGCCGCCGCCGCUGGACGCCGUCAUCGAGGCCGAACACACCCUGAAAGAGCUGGAUGCGCUGGACUCUAACGAGGAGCUGACCCCUCUGGGCCGGAUUCUGGCCCGCCUGCCCAUCGAGCCUCGUCUGGGGAAGAUGAUGAUCAUGGGCUGCAUCUUCCAUGUUGGAGACGCAAUGUGCACCAUCUCCGCCGCCACCUGUUUCCAGGAGCCGUUCAUCAGCGAGGGGAAACGUCUCGGCUUCGUCCACAGAAACUUUUCAGGUAGCCGGUUCUCCGACCACGUCGCUCUGCUGUCCGUGUUCCAGGCCUGGGACGAUGUCAGGAUUAACGGCGAGGACGCAGAAACGCGUUUCUGUGAGCACAAACGUCUCAACAUGUCGACUCUGAGGAUGACCUGGGAGGCCAAAGUGCAGCUGAAGGAGAUCCUGGUGAACGCUGGAUUCCCUGAAGAGAGUCUCAUGACUCAGAUGUUCAACACGGUCGGACCGGACAACAACCUCGACGUGGUGGUGUCCCUGCUGACCUUCGGCUCCUACCCCAACGUCUGCUACCACAAAGAGAAGAGAAAGAUCCUGACCACCGAGGGGCGCAACGCCCUCAUCCACAAGUCCUCCGUCAACUGUCCGUUCAGCAGCCACGACAUGACCUACCCGUCCCCCUUCUUUGUCUUCAGCGAGAAGAUCCGGACCCGGGCGAUCUCGGCUAAAGGGAUGACUCUGGUCAGUCCGCUGCAGCUGCUGCUGUUCGCCUGCAAGAAGAUCAGCUCCAACGGAGACAUCGUGGAGCUGGACGACUGGAUCAAGCUGAGGAUCCCUCACGAGGUGGCGGGUGGCGUGGCGGCUCUGCGGGCCGGUCUGGAGGCUCUGGUGGUCGAGGUGACCAAAGAUCCUGAAUUCAUCCGACAGAUGGACCAGGGCAACCAGAGACUCCUGAACCUGAUCAGACACGUGUCCAAACCGUCUGCAGCCGGACUCAACAUGAUGAGCAACAACCAGAGGAUGGGAGACGGACCUCGACCUCCAAAGAUGGGACGCUUUGACGGAGGAGGAGGUGGAGGAGGAGGAUACAGAGGAGGGGGAGGUUACAGGGGAGGGGGAGGAUAUGGAGGUGGAGGAGGGUAUAGGGGAGGGGGAGGAUACAGAGGGGGAGGAGGGGGAGGUUACAGAGGAGGUUAUGGAGGAGGAGGAUACGGAGGGGGAGGAGGGUACAGAGGGGGAGGAGGGUACAGAGGAGGGGGAGGGUACAGAGGAAGUUAUUAAAGGUCAGGCGUCUUGACUGUACAUGUUUCCUGUUUGUCCUCAGCUGUUUCUGAUCUCUCUGAUGUUGAUUUUGAUGUUGUGACUUUUUGAUCUGUGAAAUGUUUUGAAGAUAUGAAUAAAAAAAAUCUUUGAGUUCUGAAACGGAUUCCAACAUUUA